AAUAAAAUGGAUGACUCUCAGUUAGAUUUAGGAGCAUUAGAAGAUAUAGACCCAAGUUUAGAAGGAGGAUAUAAGAUUUAAUUUAAUAAAGAAAUAAAUAUAGAAACUAGGUUGAUUUUUUUAUUAAUUAUUUUUAUAGAAUAUAAAAUGUUAAUAAUAGUCCUUAAGAGAUAGGAACACUAGAAUAAAUUAAAGUGAAAAUACUGGUUUAAGUAAAAUUCUUAAAAUAUUGUAAGGGAGAUUAAUCAACAUUCGAGAAUUUGAAAAUAGAAUUGACAAGUGAAACAGAUCUUUUCUUUAAUUACAUUACAAUGUAUUUUACAUAUUAUUUAAUUAGUGUUGAUAAAGAAACUUAUAAGAAAAUAAAAGAAGAAUAGAAACUUACAAUAGACUAUCCUUAAUUUUUACAAAUGUUAAUUAAAUUAUUGAACUCAUCUCAUAAAGAACCUAAUCAGUAUUUAAAUAUUAAAAACUUCUUAGCUUCUUUUGUGUAUUUUUUAUGCAACAAGAUGGGGCUGCUAAAUUAGAUUUUAUAGAAAACUUAGAAUAUAAAUUUAUGGAAAUGUUAACUUUAGAAUUUAGUUGUGCAACUGAAGAAGUUAUAAGACAAAAUGUUUCCUUUCGAUAUAAUUUAAUGAAAGCUAAACUCUAAUUUGUUCAAAAUAGGUAUAGUUUUUAUAAUUCUGCUAGAUUAAAUGAUAUAACAUCUCUUAUAAAAUUAAAAAAUCCUUCACUUUUAACACAACUUAACAAAUUGUCAAUAAAUUCCAUUUAAAACUAAAGUAGCCAAAAUAUAAGUAAAUACUUGGGAUAAUCUAAAAAAAAUUAUAAUUCAUCUAAAUUUAUCUGAU